CUGAGCUUCUGUUCCUGUGCUGGGGCAGCUCCCUGUGGACGGCCGUCCGUCCCGUCCCCUCAGCCUUUCAUGAACCUCGCUAUAUGGGCAUCGCCAUCCACAACGAGCUUUUGCUGUCCUCCAUGUUCCACCUGUUUAGGUUCACCUUUCAGUCUCUCCAUCCAGACUGGAUGUUACUGCUGUCCUUCAUCCACACCCACGUCACCAUCACAGUCACACUCAUGCUGCUCCUUGUUCCAAAGUUUUUCUACAAAUCUAAAGCUAGAAAAGAGGAAAUAGCAGCAGAAGUGUAUGAAGAUGAACUGGAUCUUCGUCGUUCUGCCUCAUUCCUCAACAACAGCUUUUGUUCUGCUUUAAGUGAGCGCAGCAUGGAUCCAGAUGAUUUUCAGGAUGAGCUUAAGAAGUUAUAUGCACAGUUAGAGGUCCACAAAGUGAAGAAGAUGACGGCAAAUAACCCCCAUCUAUCAAAGAAGCGCAGUUCUCGAUGUGCACUGGGAAGAUCAUUAAUGAAACGCAUCACAGAGUUCCCAGAAACAGUAAGUCGGCAGUGCAGCCGUGAAGAGAGAGAUGGGUCCUUCCAUAUUAGACGUGCAAGCCACUCUGAUUCCUUAAGAUUAGCACCAGAUACUAUAAGUAUCAGUUACAGAAGUUCAAUAAAAUCCCAUUCCUCGUUCAUAUGCAAGUCCCCAAAUGAACAUCAUUAUGUGAGGGAGAGAGUCUCCUCUUUCCGUGAGUCUACUUUAAGGCCCAAUUCUGUAAAGAGAUCCUCCCAGCGAUCUGAGACAGACUCUUUGGACAUUCCUCCUGGGGUUUGUAAGUCAGCCAGUGCUCAGAAUUUAACAAUUGAUACCAAUCUCUUGCAUCCUGAUCACACAAGGCUUCAUAAGUCUUGGAGCCUUAGUUCCUCUACCACCCAUUCUAUAGAAAACAUACCGAAGAUAUCUGGUGGAAGUGGAACGCAGUCAAAGCAGAGCCUUUCCAUUGGUGAUCAGACCCGAAGUGCCCUCCAGUCAGAAUCCUUUGACAAGGCUGAGGUCUGUCCUUGGGAGGUGGAGCCGGAACAAUCAGGGGAGAAGAACAAAAAGCAUGUUACAUAUGCAAGCUCAAAGGAUAGCGAAGAAAAGGAGCUACCUUCCCCACAAGCACUUGUUUGUCCCUGGGACCAUUCAUUGCCUUUUGAAAAGGCUCCUUCAGUGGAGAAAGACUCACAGGCUGACAGUGUGCCCUCUAAAACCCCAGUAACCGUGUCUGCAAGUGUACCAGGAACACCAAGACCCAAGGUGACCAAGGAUCAACGGGUCUUCUCCUUCCGCACAACCACUAAUAAGUGGCUCUCUGUGAAGUCUCUUAUGUCAUCUGUUGAUAGCAGCAAG